UUCGUCAUUUUCAGUCAGUCGCCAUUGUUCUCCUAUAAAACUGAAAUUUUUGUGGAAAUUAAUAUUUUCCUUUAAACUCGUUGCAAUAUAUACAAAUACCGUAUAAUAGCAAUAGUCUUUAGUAGUGCGUGCCUAUUCCGUAUAUAAUCGAAAGUAUCCAGUCAGAGGAAUAAUCAACAAAACACCCACCAACAACCAGACAGAACUAGUAGAAAUCGAAUAUUUGUUCGUGGCAAAAAUAUACACACAUACACAUAUAUAUACAUCGGUAUAUAACACACAAGGAAAGGAAUAAAAAAGAAAAAAAACCUCAACAAAAUGUCAUCUAUGAAUCCAGAAUACGAUUAUCUAUUCAAAUUGCUGUUGAUCGGUGACUCUGGAGUUGGAAAAUCCUGUCUACUGCUGCGAUUUGCUGAUGAUACAUACACAGAGAGCUAUAUCAGUACAAUCGGUGUAGAUUUUAAAAUUAGAACCAUAGAACUCGAUGGCAAGACCAUUAAAUUGCAAAUCUGGGAUACUGCUGGCCAGGAGCGCUUCCGUACUAUCACUUCAUCAUAUUAUCGUGGUGCACAUGGCAUUAUCGUUGUCUAUGAUUGCACGGACCAGGAGUCCUUCAACAAUGUAAAGCAAUGGCUUGAAGAAAUUGAGCGAUAUGCUUGCGAAAAUGUAAACAAGUUGUUGGUGGGAAACAAAAGUGAUUUGACCACUAAGAAAGUUGUCGAUCAUACCACAGCUGCGGAAUAUGCGGCUCAGUUAGGCAUUCCAUUCCUUGAAACUUCGGCAAAGAGUGCCACCAAUGUGGAGCAGGCCUUUAUGACGAUGGCGGCCGAGAUUAAGAAUCGUGUUGGGCCGCCGUCCAGCGCCACUGAUAAUGCUAGCAAAGUGAAAAUCGAUCAAGGACGUCCAGUGGAAAAUACCAAAUCCGGUUGCUGCUGAAUAAACUCUGAUUGUGAAUCAUUAUUUUAUUAUACAAUUAAACAAAAUUUAAAUAUAAUAAAUUAAAAAAAAAAAGAAAGGAAAACACACAACAAACCAACAACAACAACAAGAAAAAAUAACAAACAAUAAUGAUAAUAAUUAUAAAAGAAGAAAAAAAACGGGCAAUUCAUAAUUAUAAAUUUGAACUAUGUAAUAACUAUAAAUGAUAAUGCGUAUGUGUAUGAUUAUGAUUGCAUAUGAUUAGUGCGUUUGUAUGAUCCAGAUAGCUGGCAGUGAUCCCAUAAGAGGGACACCUCCACACUUUAAACAAUUAUGUAAUAGUAAUCUUAUACACACACCGACACACACAGACACACUCAGCUCCAAAUGCAUCUACCACUCCUGGAACUAACCCUCUUUCUGAUUUCCAACUGUUUUUGUUCAUUAGUAGUGCAAAAUAAAAUAAAGAACUUGUGUAGCAAUAAACUUAA